CUUCAUUCAGGUUCAUACAGGGAACAGUCUAUUAUCUGAGGGAUUAACUUUUGAAACAACACAUCAUCUUGAUAUAAUAUGGAGACAAUACAACUCUGUCUUUUCACGGCACUGUGUCUGGGAAUCGACGGCUCGUCUUCAGAAAUUUUGCAGCGACAAAAAAGAAACUGGAUCAUAGAUUCUUUUAGUAUAGACGAAGGCUAUGGGGGAAGUUACCCAUAUUCACUUGGCACAGUUAAAGUUGAGAAGACCCUCACCCUCUUCCAGAUACAUGGUCAAGGUGUUGAUGAGGACCCCAAAGGCAUAUUACAUAUCAACAACCGCACAGGGGAGAUUACUGUCCACGGCCCUGUCGACUAUGAGACAUACCAGGAGCUUAAGCUGGUGUUUCUGGCUCUUGAUAGAGACAGUAGAGUAAUAGACACACGGCUGGGCAUUGAGAUAUCAGUUAUUGAUGCAAAUGAUCACCCUCCAAAGUUUGACCGUGAAAUCUAUAUGAUCAGCAUAAAAGAAUCUACGUUACAAGGCACUAACUUGAUUACUAUUCAAGCAACAGAUAGCGACAACGGGAACAACAAACUAUUUACUUUACGAAUAGUCUCCACCAGUUAUAAAUCAGAGGAAGUGGAGUUCUACAUAACUCAAAUGGCUGGUACUCAAACUGGAACCAUUUCGUUUAAGGGGUGUCUGGACCAUGAAAAAGCAGAGAAACACAUCAUUAUAGUAGAGGCCAAAGACCGUGGAGACAAACUACAGCUCUCCAGCUCCUGCACUGUCAUAAUCAACAUAGAAGAUGGAAAUAACCACAGUCCUGAGAUCACAGGACAAAGAGGUCCAGGGAAAGUGAAAGAAGGAGAGGAAAAUGUUCUUGUUUCACGGCUGCAAGUUAAAGAUGAAGACGGCAAAGGUACAGAUGCCUGGAGAGUGAAAUAUCAAAUCCAAGGAGAGGCAGGCAACUACUUCAGAAUCAGUACUGAUCCUGACACAAACGAGGGACUACUCUUUGUGAAGAAGCAUCUGAACUAUGAGGAUGGUCCUGUAUGGAAUGUGACUGUCAGUGUGGAGAAUGAACUCCCCUAUUAUUCGUGCAGAGUGGAGAGUAAAAGUGCCGUUGGUCUUUGGAAAGUCACUACUAUUAGUGCUGCUAGUGGUGGUGGUGGUGGUGGUGGUGGUGGGGCUGUGACAGGGCUACGAGAAGGAUCAUCCAUAUACCAAUUGACAGUGUCUGUGGAGGAUGUCAAUGAGCCUCCGAUCUUCGACGAAUUCAACAAAGAAGUUCCAUUGUUUGAGAAUAUUAAGGGGGGACAGUAUCUGGUUACAUUUACAGCUAGAGACCCUGAUGUCAGCAGCAAAAACACAUUUGUAUACAUAAAAGGAAAGGACCCCGCUGGCUGGGUUACAGUGGACCCCAAAACUGGGAAAGUAACCACAUCAAAGAUGACAGACCGAGAGUCAGUCUUUGUGAAUCAAAGUAUCUAUGUGGUCAAUAUAUAUGCCGUUGACGAUGGUAAACCUCCAAUGACAGGCACUGCAACCCUCACCAUCCACAUUAAAGAUGAGAAUGACAAUGUUCCUUCCCUGACUGAAACUAUUAUUGAAAUGUGCCAGUCCGAUCGACCCUCAUGGGCCAAAAUCACAGCCUUGGACCUGGAUGAAGAGCCCUACAGUGGGCCUUUCAGCUUCAAGCUCCACGGAGAUGUUGAUGGCAAAUGGAAGAUCGACCCUUUGCAAGGGGAGUUCUAA